AUGCGUCUUUCUACGACUGCGGGAUCGCGGAUCGUAAGUGCUCAAGCACCUACGGAAACCGCUGAGGACAACAGUAAGGACGCCUUCUAUGAUGAAAUCAAUGUGUUGAUGUCUAAAAUACCAAGCCAGCAGGUGGUCAUUGUCGGAAUCGACGCAAAUGCGGAAGAUGGGACUCGAACAGCAAUCCGAUGUGCUAGGAAAGUGAUAUCCGAAAAUCUAGAGCUGUUUGGGACGUCGCGUUCGACUCUAACCACCGCCCAGUUCUUCUCAGCUUCAAGAUACGGUUCCACAAGAGAAACCGAGGAGUUCCUCAAGAGAAACCGAGGAGUUCCUCUUCAACCGAAAAUCGACAUGGGAGGUCUGAAAGACGAUAAGUGCAGAACAGAAUUCCGCCAACGUGUGUCUAUUCAUGUUGGAGUACGGACCAGGGAGAAGCUUAGCGAUGCGGAUUCCUUCACAAAGUGCAUCCAGGACGCUGCAAGGGAAACGUCGGUUCUAUUGCCGCGGAAGAAGUUUGCCUUUGUAUCUGCGAAACAGAAUCAUACAAUUCUGUAUGUGACGCGCGUCAACUGCAACAAAACCGCGAUAACGAGUAGACGUCAAGAGCGAUGGAGUUUGAGAAGGCCUGUCGGUGAAGCAACCCUUCCAAUUUGGAAGGAACAUUUCAAGACCUUGCUGAACCGGCUAGCACCGUCAGCUCCUGAACUCGAACACGUUCAUAGACCGAAAUAUGCGGUUAACGAGGAGCCACCGACCGAGUCGGAGGUCCUGGUCUGUAUUCAGAAAAUAAAGAAUGGAAAAUCUGGUGUUCAUCGUCAGGAGAGUGAUCGAAAUCUGGCAGCGGUGUUCGAAGCCAAUGCAACUAGCGUUGUGGCCGUGUUCGACUCUCCCCACCGAGGCCGUCUUUUCAACGCGCUUCGCGCCGAUGGAGUACCAGGAAAGUUCGUUCGCUUGCUUGAUGACAUGAAUCAACGAACAACUGCUGCAGUUCGAACACCAGCCGGAUGUACAACACCGUUUGAAGUGGUAACUGGAGUAAGACAAGGGGCAGUGGUAGGACCUUUCCUGUUCAAUUUUGCAGUCGACGACAUUAUGCGAAGAACAGUCGACCAAUGUCCUGCCGACAUUGUCUUAGCACCAUCAGGGUGCCCUUUGACUGACCUCGAGUACGCCGACAAUGUUGUUAUACUCGCGGAAAGCAGUACGAAACUUCAACAUGUUGUCAACUUUGUAUCGAAGCUGGCCGCAGCCUAUGGACUACGCCUACGCCCUGAUAAAUGCAAGCAGAUGUGGAUCUCUUCGAGACCACGAACGGGAAUCAGGGUGGACGGACAACCGAUAGAAUUCGUCGAUGAGUUCUGUUACCUAGGCUGUACGCUGAAGAACAAUGGCAGCUACGAGAGAGAUGUUCAGCAAAGAUGCGCUAAGGCCACUUCUGCAUUUAACUCCUUAACGAAAUGUCUGUGGUCGACCCCUAUCACCAACGAAGUCAAGCUGCGAGUCUACCUAUCCGCAAUUCGUCCCAUCAUAAUGUACGGAUCGGAGACUUGGGCAGCACCAUCAACGGUUAUGGAGAAGCUUGACUGCACGGAACGAAAGCUGCUUAGACGGCUACUUGGCUACUUUUGGCCUAGGGUAUGUCACAAUGAAAAUCUUUACGCAGAAAUUGAUGUGGUAUAUCGGCGGAUGACACGUGGAAAACAUCAACAUCUUGCACCGCCUUCAAAAGCGGCUAAAUCGUCUUUGCUCCUUUGGUCAUAUAUUAAUGAGACCGGCAGAUCGCCUUGUCCAACGAGUUCUAAAGAGUUCGUCGGGUUCGAGCUGGAAGAAGCCACCUAG